UUAUUUUAACAAACGGAUCAGUGUGUGUGUGUGUGUGUGAGAGGUGAGGAAGCGCGAGCUCGCCGUGUCACUGGAUUAAUAGCAGCUUCAGAAGUGCUGCGAUGGAUCGGAGGGUCGGGAACCUGCUGCUGCUCGUCAUUGUUCUAACCAGCCGUGGUCACGCAGCAGAUGAAGACCGAGACUUGGAGAUGUGUGGAGUGUGGAACCACAGCAACACACCUCUAACCCUGCACGUUGAUGUAAAGACUGGAUGUACAGGGAUCAACAUUUCAGCCACCGCCGGCACGCUGUCCAUCCGCGGCUCUGUCACAACUCGGUGUAAAAAAAAUGAAACCUAUAAGCUGCAGAAUCCUGGUAGCGAUUCCAGUUCCUUCUGUGUGUUCUGGGAGCCGCUGUUGGACCAGCUGAUGGUGAAGGUGAACUCGGAGUACUUCACGCCCUGUAAAGCUGUUGAACUGCAGCCUCAGUGCUGUACCUAUCUCUCUCCUGGACAGCAGGAAUCUUCCCAGCAGUAUGGAAUCAUCAACGGCAGCGUGCUAGGAGACACACUGAGUCUCAAGGUCAUGGCAGCGUAUGAGUUCAAAGGCGAAAAGCUCGACUGCAAGGAUUACUUUUGCACUAAGGCCGGGCAGAAGUCCAGAGGAGCGAACAUGAUAGAGGACGCGGUGAUGAGGUCGGCGGAGCUCGGGCGUGUGUACAUGCCGUGUGUCGAGAGCAUCGUGAUCGAGAUGAAAGAGGAUUUCACAGGAACCAACGUCACGUUGUUUGCUCCCAGGGGCAUCUCGCCAGCGAGUCUCCCGUCAGUGCACUUACCUGCCUGCCUCAAACGUGAGAAGAAGAUCACGUCCAAGGUGGUGUGUAGCUACUACAAGAACAGCACGUUUUUCCAGACGAGCUCUAACAGGAUUUUAGAAGACGUUGUUGGGAUUUCGGUGGAAAACGAGAUCAUCUCCGACCUCCCGGAGCCUGUGAGAAUCACAUUUCGUCACAUGAAAACACAAAGUAGAAGAUGUGUUUCCUGGGACACAAGAACAGAUGAUAAGAUGGUGUGGCGCGAGACGGGUUGCGCAACGCACGCGCUGAGCGCAGUGGAGACGGAGUGCCGCUGUCAUCACCUCACGUACUUCGCUAUUCUUGUGGAUCUGAACCCCACGAGAAAUGUGCGCCACCUAGAGGUUCUGACCUUCAUUACCGCCGUGGGCUGCGCCAUAUCCAUCGCCAGCUGUGCCAUUCUCUUCUUUUCACUCUGCAGACAGAGGAAAUUGAAGAACAAGUCGAGUCUGGUGCACCGCGGUCUGGUUGUGGCUCUGUUUUUCCUCCUCGUGCUCUUCGUCCUCACCGGCACCGUGGCCAACGUUGCGUCCGAGGGUGUGUGUCGCUUCAUCGGGGGCCUGCUGCACUACAUGCUGAUCAGCGUCCUCUGCUGGAUGGCUGUGGAAGUGAUUCACACCUUCUGGAUGAUGUACAUGGUGUUUAAUCAGACACCAAAUCCAUGGACCUGGUACCUGCUGGGAUUCGGCGUUCCCGCUCUGCCGGUUAUCAUUCUGGGAUCCAUCGGAGGCGUUUACGGCCAGAGGACGGUGAAGUCUGAUGAUGAUUCCACAAAACCGUAUCACAUGUGCUGGAUGACGGACUCCAAGUCGGCUCUGAUGGCUCACUUCAUCAUCAACAUGGGCCUGCUGGUGGUGGUGGUGAGCUCCGGCAUCAUCAUGCUCAUCCAGGUCUUCAGGAAGAUCCGCAACAGGGACGAGUGGAGGAGGAACCGCGUGGCGUUCCUCAGCAUCUGGGGUCUCAGCUGUCUGUUCGGUUCCACCUGGGCUCUCGCUUUCUUCACUUCUGAACCCUCAGAAACCGUCAUCUUCCUCUUCUGCAUCAUUAACUCAUUACAAGGAUUCUUCCUCUGGCUGCGGUUCUUCACUCUGGAGCGGAUCCAGAAGUCCGAGUCCAGUUCUGACUUGAGCAGCACCGGAUCCACGCGGCAGCACAUGCUCCAGACUCAGGAGAGAAAUUAGGAGUGACCUCCCGAAACCAUUGACUCUAAAAAAAAAAGGAAGCUAGGAGUGUGUUUAGGAGUGAUUUUAGAAACAUAUCUGGGAGCUGGGCAUUUAUAAAGAUUUAUAUUCCUGCAUUAAACCCUGCUGGGCAGGUCCGACGCUGUGCACUGGAUUAUAAUAAAAAAAUUAUAAAAAAACACAAAAAAACAUUAACAUUAAGCUGAAUAUUCGACUGUAUAAACCUCAAAAAAAAAUUUUUACUCUUUAAAGUCAGUUGUUUUCUUUCGUUAGCACUUUAGUUUUAUUUCCCGCGUAAAUAUCUACUGCUGUUCUGAAAUACUGUGUCCACUUUAGACGGGAGGAAAAGAAGAGUUUAAGCACAAAGAGAAUAAAAAGAGUUUUCACCCCUUAUUAUAAAACGAUAUUAAAUUUCCUAUUAUUUAUUGGGGGUAAAUCCGACACAAAUCAAAUGUCCACAUUUUAUGUAAACGUUACUAUUUAGUGCACUGAAUAACAACUAAUUUAUUCCCAAUUUAAUGAAACAAGAAAUGCAACAUUCAUAACAAGACAAUUAACUAAAAAACAAACAAACAAAAACAUCUGGACUGAUUUUAUAUACAGAUCACACUGUUGUGCGUAAACUACUAAAUUGUUGUUGACAUGACGGAAUCCAGCACAGGGGGCGCCGCGGGGCUGUGAGCGGGUGGGCUGCAGGACAGGAAGGACAGAAGUGUCUCGAGACAGUUUGUGAAAAGUCACGAGACGAGUAAACAAGAAUCGUUAAUAAUUUCUGCUGGCUUUUAAAAACAAUUUAGGAAGUGUGUGUGUGUGUGGUAGCUUCACACACUGCGGCGGUGAGACAUUAUUGGAAGAUCUACCGCAUGCAGCCUGUAGAAGGCGCUCUUCUCCUAGUCCUCAUCAUUUAGUCGUUGUUUUAUUUCAUUUUCAGUUCUUUUUGAACUUUUGGUCUUCAUGAAGUUUUGUGGCCAUGAACAGACUUAAAAGUUAACUUGUGGCAUGAAAACCCCGUUUCACAUAUCGUAAGUAAAAGAUACUACCUGAUGUUGUCCUGAUGUUACAGACGUAGAGCUCACGCUCGGUUGAAGCUAAAUCUCACCCUGAUGACGAUAAAUCCAUGUUUCUGUCCAUGCAAAUCCAAAGUCAUGAGAAAUGCAGAUUGCACACAGAAAACUAAAUAUAAAGACAUUAAUAAAGCACAAAGUUUUUAUAGGUCAUGUAAAGUAACCACGAGCCCUGGUUCGAAAGUAUUGUUAGUGUUUAAGUGUUUAUUCUGACCUGAUUCUUUAGUCUGUCGGUUCAAUUCCACGUGUUUCCUGUGAUGUAAAGCGUUUUGUGCUCGUGUUUGUGAAAGUAUUUUAUUUUUCUUCGUAACUAAAGUGUCGUGAAGCAGCAGCUCGGCCGACAAACAUCCUGCAGCACUUUUACUUAGUGGCUUAAUUUAUAAAAAAUCGAUAAUUUCACAAAAUUCGAACCUCAAUUCAUGAUGUUUCAUUUGAUUUUAAUAUAAUAAGUAUAUAACUUUUCAUUUGAAACUUUUAGUUUAUUUUAAAGAUUUUUGAAAAUAAUUUAGAGUAUAAACACAUCAUAAUUUAACAUUUCGUCUCCAACUGUUCAAAAAUUUCAUUCUGAAUUUUAUGAUUUGAACCUUUUUUUUUUGCUGCUUGAGCCAUUUUUUUAAUUAUCUGAUAUUAACGCUGAUUUCUUUAUUAUAUUCAUAUUUAAGCUACAAAAAUAAAUAU